UCUUCUGCUUUUCUUUCUGCGUCUUCUGUGCACCCUCGACAAGGUGCUAUUAUUAUCCUCCCUCUCCCUUUCUCUCUCUUCCCAUCUUCCUCUCUUUUCCACUCAACCGUCCACCGACGCCCUAGAUUCCGGCAGUUUCUAGAGCAAAAGAUCUGAAAUUUCCUCAUCAUCGGAUGAUAUUUCGAUUCAGAUCGAUUAAUUCGUUCAAAUAUCUUGCAAUGCGGUUACAUUUCCGGUUCUAGGUUGUUUAAUCAAAGACAUUACCCCUCAUUUCUGUUCAAAGACGAAAACGAAACUCGUCGUUCUCAUUUCGAUUCCAUUUAUUGAGAAAUUGAUCUGUUAAUUGUUGUUUUUCAUUGUUAAUUGAUUUAUAUAAUUGGAAUUCAGUCCAAGGUUUCCGCUUUAGUUAUUAUUGUGGAGAAAGUUGCAUGAGGGUGGGUGAGACUCGAUAUGUGCAAGAUAGAGAGAGAAUGUGAAGAUAGAGAAAGAGGGAGAAGAAAGUGGGCUAUGGGUUUGAAGACACUUGGAUUAAGCAGGAUGGAGAAGUUGAAGAGUUCGAUGGUUUCACGUUCACAGAUGAAACUUUGGAUGAUAAGGGCGACAACAUCGGUGUUGUUAUGGACUUGUUUAGUCCAAUUUACAACUUUUGGUGGAAUUUGGGGACCUAGAGUUCUUAAAGGCUUACCUUCAUGUUUCUCUCAGGAUUCAUCUGCUUUGGAUGUUAAGUUACAGUCUGUAGUUCAGGCAAAGGCGCUUCCUCCUAAGAGGGUUUACAGGAACAAUGGCUACUUGAUGGUUUCUUGUAAUGGAGGGCUUAAUCAAAUGAGGGCAGCGAUUUGUGAUAUGGUUGCAAUUGCAAGAUCUCUAAAUGUUACACUUAUUGUACCAGAGUUAGACAAAACCUCUUUUUGGGCUGAUCCUAGCGAAUUUGGAGACAUAUUUGACGUUCAUCAUUUCAUUACUUCCUUAAGAGAUGAGGUUUUGAUACUAAAAGAGAUACCUCCAAGACUAAAGAAGAGAGUUGAACUAGAACCGAUCUAUUCAAUGCCACCAAUUAGUUGGUCUGAUAUUUCAUACUAUCAUAAUCAGAUACUUCCUCUGAUACAGAAGCACAAGGUUGUGCAUCUGAAUAGAACCGAUGCCCGCCUUGCGAAUAAUGGCUUGCCUUUGGAGAUUCAGAAGCUUCGUUGCCGAGUUAAUUUUGAAGCUCUUAAAUUCACACCUCAAAUAGAAGAUUUGGGAAGGAAGGUGAUCAAGCUUCUAAAACAAACUGGUCCUUUCCUAGUUCUUCAUCUCCGUUAUGAGAUGGACAUGUUAGCAUUCUCUGGUUGUACCCAAGGCUGCAACAAUGAAGAAGUAGAGGAGUUAACUAGAAUGAGAUAUGCGUAUCCAUGGUGGAAAGAGAAGAUCAUAAAUUCCGACUUGAAAAGGAGAGAUGGGUUGUGUCCUUUGACACCUGAGGAAACUGCCCUUACAUUAAAGGCACUAGACAUAGAUAGAGAAAUGCAGAUUUAUAUUGCUGCUGGAGAAAUAUAUGGUGGAGAAAGGAGAAUGGCUAGUCUUGCUGCAGCUUUUCCAAAGCUGGUAAGGAAAGAGACACUCUUGCAGUCCUCGGAUCUCAUGUUCUUCCAGAAUCACUCGUCUCAGAUGGCAGCAUUAGACUAUCUUGUAUCCCUUGAGAGUGAUAUCUUUGUUCCUACUUAUGAUGGAAACAUGGCUAAAGUUGUCGAAGGACAUCGCAGAUAUCUAGGGUACAAGAAAACAAUAUUAUUGGAGAGAAAGCUGCUAGUGGAAUUGAUAGACCAGUAUAACAACGGGACAAUGAAUUGGGAAGAAUUCUCAUUUGCGGUUAAGAAAGCUCAUGCAGGUCGAAUGGGUGGACAUAGUAGGAGGUUAUCAAUUCUAGACAGACCAAAGGAAGAGGAUUACUUCUACGCAAAUCCCUACGAGUGUUUGCAAUCAUCAAACGAACAAAAACAAAGUAUUAGUAGUAUCUAAAGAUCAUUCAAUGUUGAUGAUGUUCUUCUGAAAGCCAUUCUGCUACAAAAAUGGGUGAUUCUACGAUAUUUGUGACAGUGGAGAUCGAUCAUCACCAAUUUAAUUCCGAAGAUUCAUGAGUAAAUUAAAUGUGUUUUUUAUUUUCAGCAAUCUUUGAUGUAAUAAUAUACAAUAUGUGUAUAGAAGAAAAGGCUACACGGUGUUGAGGUUUUUCAUCAACCUCUGUAAUGUACACAAAAAAAGUAUAGGUUUGAGUUGUAUGCAGUUAUAAAAGUUUUGGAAGGUUACAUUUAUU